AUGGCUGCUAUGGCAGAGCAUGUACGACAGAUACCAAGUCCGCUGCCAGCUCCGCCGGAACACGAUGUCCUCACGGCCACCCAAUGGGGCGUCCUGACCGCCAUUGCGGAUACCGUGAUACCCUCCUUGACGCCGCUAGAGGGAAACAGGUUGUUGAAGCACCCUUUACGGAAGGAAAUCUACGAAGCUAGCUGCAGACGUCUGGAGCAGCAGUGCAUCUCAUCAAGCCACCACAAUCUAGCUGCCGGCUAUCUCCAGGAGCUGGCUACUACACAAUCGGAGUUCAGAGAUGGCAUCCGCAGGCUCAUCAAUAUUCACCUGCCGGAGGAUGCUCGGAAACAGCUUUUAUUUAUACUGACCACGCUGAGUUCUCGAGCGGGCGCACUACUACUCACUGGCUAUACGUCUCCGAUCGACUGCCUGCCAGUACAGACACGGGAGCAGAUACUGCUGGCAUGGGCGAAUGCACGCUUGCCGCUUUUCCGACAACUACACUCGUCUUUGACAUCGCUGGUGAAGCUUUUGUGGGUGCGCACAUCACCAACAUUGGCCCGUGUGCUCAGCUUUCCACGCACGCCUGUGCACGAUGUUCUACCAGAGUCACCAUUCGCAUUUGGAUUCUUGCAGAUUCCAUCGAGCAGUGAUGAGCCCGAGGUAGUCGAGGCGGAUGUCGUUAUUGUGGGAAGUGGAUGUGGAGGUGCUGUCGCUGCCAAGACCCUUGCGGAGGCCGGACUCAAGGUCAUGGUAAUUGAUAAGGGCUACUACUGGCCACCGCAGCACUUGCCCAUGUCUGAGUAUGAGGGUCCUGGGCACCUCUUCGCUAACGGCGGUGCGCUCCAAAGUGAUGACUCGAGCAUAGCGGUUGUGGCAGGAAGUGUCUGGGGUGGCGGUGGAACUGUGAACUGGAGUGCCUCCUUGCAGACGCAGGGCUAUGUGCGCAGAGAGUGGUCACAGAAGUUUGGGCUCUCUCACUUCACGAGCUCAGCCUAUCAAGCUGACAUGGAUAUGGUAUGCGAGCGAAUGGGUGUAGGUACCGCAGCGAUCGAGCACAACAAGACCAACCAAACACUGCUCGACGGUUCUCGUAAGCUCGGCUGGAGUGCAAAGGUCGUGCCACAAAACACCCGUGGUAAGGCUCACAAUUGUGGAUACUGUACUCUGGGCUGUGGGAGCUGCGGCAAGCAAGGUCCUAGCGAGACGUUCCUGCCCGAUGCUGCCAAAGCUGGUGCCACGUUCAUGGAAGGGUUCGAGGUGCAUGAACUUUUGUUCGAAGGCACUUCAACGAGCGACAGAGUCGUGGCUGGAGUCAAAGGCGUCUGGAUGGCGCGAGAUGGCAACGGAGGUGUCGCUGCGAAGGGGCGAGUUGCACGGCCCGUGAUCAUUAAAGCACCACGAGUGAUAUGUUCUGGUGGCUCGAUAGCUACACCAAUUCUCCUGCGCAACUCUGGCCUCUCGAAUCCUCACAUAGGUCGACACUUACAUCUUCACCCUGUCACUUUCGUCGGAGCUGUCUGGGACGAAGAUGUGCGGCCAUGGGAAGGACCGAUCUUGACGAGUGUGGUCAAUGAAUUUGAGAACCUCGACGGCGAAGGCUACGGCGUCAAACUUGAGGCGGAGACCAUGCUCCCCAGCUUCUGGCUGCCUUUCCUGCCAUGA